UUUUUUUUAGAAAAUAUGAAGAGCCCGUUCGAAAUUCAGUAUUUCACUACAUAGAAAAAUGACUCCAGGCAAUCUCUCUCAGAGCUCGCCAGUUCAUCGUGCUUCUUCGUCAGGUUUAUCGUCAAAUUCAAAAUUGGUCGAGCAAACAACCGUUUCGUGUUUAUGGUGAUAUUAUAUACUUUUGCCUUAUUGAGCCCAUGAAAUUGAUAGCAUGCAGAUAUUGAUCCCAAACACCAGUAUGCUUAAGACAUGGCUACGAAAUCAACCAUUUACAGUUGUUACACCAGACGUGUCAAUGUUCCUGGCAGCUCGAGUCACCAAUGCUUGGCGGUUUCAGUGCCCGCUUCCCAUCAUCUCUCACUGUUUGAACUCCAGGCUUCCUUCAUUAGUAUACGAUGCCAAGCUUUAUAGGUUUAACAAGCUUUCGUAUAGCUUGGACAAAGAAAGUGAUGAUUUUCUGUUGUGGUUGGAGAGGAAAGCUGGGACCCAUGUGUCAUCUGUGCUCUCGAUUGGAAAAUCAUCAUAUGGCAGCAUUUUGCAGCAACUAGCACCAGAUAAUCUCCCACAUGAAAUCAAAAGUUUGUUAACUGAUGAAAUUGGUCAUGUUUCAAAGCUUGCUAUUGUAGUUUUACUUGAGAUGAAACUAGGAAAGCAUUCUGACUGGGUCCCUUACAUCAACUGUUUUCCUUGCCUUAUGGAAAUGCAUAGCACCAUGUUUUGGAGUAAUGAUGAGUUGGAAAUGAUUCGCCAAAGUUCUUUGUAUCAUGAAACAAUUCGUCAAAAAUCUCUAGUCAAAAAUGAAUUUUUGACAAUUAAAAAUGUUAUUGAACCCUUUUCUGAUAUAUUUGAAAGGAUCACUUUUAAGGAUUUUAUGCAUGCAUAUGCUAUAGUUAGUUCUCGAGCAUGGGGAAGCAUAAGAGGUGUAUCACUGAUUCCAUUUGCAGAUUUUUUAAAUCAUAAUGGGAAUGUGAAAGAAUUUCUUUUGAAUGAUGAUGAAAAACAACUAUCAGAGGUUAUUGCUGCUCGUGAUUAUUGUCCCGGUGAACAGGUUCUCAUAAGAUAUGGAAAAUUUUCAAAUGCUACCCUGUUGUUAGAUUUCGGGUUUGCUGUCCCAUACAACAUUCAUGACGAGAUUCAUAUCCAGUUUGAAAUACCUUAUCAUGAUCCUCUUCGAAGAAUGAAGCUGGAAAUAAUGCAAAGACACCAUGUUGUGGUAAAAAAGGAUGUUAAUGCUUCUUCUCCUUCCAUGGAUUCAUUCACUAUCAAGGAAGUAAAGGCAAGUAGUAAGAAAGGGAGAGGUCUUCCACAAUCACUUCGAGCAUUUGCUCGUGUCAUAUGUUGUUGCUCUCCUCAAGAACUUAAUGAUUUGGCCAUCGAAGCUAAACAAACGGAUGGUCGCCUUGCUCGUCGUCCUUUAAGAAAUAUUGACAAAGAAAUUAAAGCACAUCAGAUUUUAUUGGCACAAAUAUCUCAUUUAAUUGAGGACUACGAAUCAUCUAUUAAGUCACUGGAAGCCAGUAACUCCUCUUCUCCCGUAGAUAGGGAAACAGUUGGUAUCCGAAGGCAAAUGGCACAUGAUCUUCUCAAUGGUGAGCUCCGCGUCCUCAUGUCUGCUUCAACAUGGCUAAAAAAUUAUUGCACAAGUUUGAUUAAUACAACCAGUUAGCAUAGAUGAUUAGAGAUAGAAAUUUAAGUAGUGGAAAUAGGCCCCCGGGGUACUGCGCCUAAUAGGGCAAGGAUUCCAUGCCUAAAUAGGGAGUAGAGUGAGAAUAGAAACAAUUUUCUAUCCCCGAAUGUCAACUGGGACGGGAAUGAGAUAAUACUCUUGCUGCGACAAGGGCUCGUUUAAUUUUUUUAUUUAUUUUAUAAUAUUAUUUUUAAUUAUUAUACAUAUAUUAUUAUGUGUUUUUGUAGUUUAUCGGUAAAUUUUUAAAUA